CCAACGUCUUCACCACUGAUUUGUGAGCACCAUACACCCGUUCACUCACCAGUCUGUCGGUCUUUGACUUUGCGUCAUGAAUUAUUUUGCAAGCCGCCUAUACAUUGCUACAUGAUUUAGGAGUUGAUGCGACGAUGUUGUUGUUCUCAGCAACGGAAACCUCCACAUAUAAAUUCCUGAAGAUAACCGCCUCCAGCCGUAGCGCCUAAGCAGAGGGGGGUGCGAAGAUGCCCGGCCUUCCAUCUUCUGUUGAUUUAGACGAAUGCAUAUCACGACUAUACAAAAAGGAGCUCCUCGCGGAGUCAGUCAUCGAGGCAAUAUGCGCCAAAACGAAGGAGCUGCUUAUGCAGGAGAGUAACGUGGUUCAUGUGCAGGCGCCAGUUACUGUAGUUGGCGAUAUACACGGCCAGUUCUAUGAUCUGAUAGAGAUCUUCAAAAUCGGAGGAUAUUGCCCCGAUACAAACUACCUAUUUCUUGGUGACUAUGUAGACCGCGGCAUGUUCAGCGUCGAAACCAUCUCCCUCCUCGUCUGCCUCAAGCUACGCUACCCCACCCGCGUCCACCUCAUCCGCGGCAACCACGAGUCCCGCGGCGUCACGCAAUCCUACGGCUUCUACACCGAAUGCUCACGCAAAUACGGCAACGCGAACGUCUGGCACUACUUCACCGACAUGUUCGACUUCCUGACCCUCUCCGUCGUAAUCAACAACGACAUCUUCUGCGUCCACGGCGGCCUCUCCCCUAGCAUCCACAGCAUCGACCAAAUAAAGAUCAUCGACCGCUUCCGCGAGAUCCCGCACGAAGGGCCCAUGGCCGACCUCGUCUGGAGCGACCCGGACCCCGAGCGCGACGAGUUCAGCUUGUCUCCGCGAGGCGCGGGAUACACCUUUGGCGCGCAGGUCGUCAAGAAGUUCCUCGAGGUGAACGGGAUGUCGCAUAUCCUGCGCGCGCACCAGCUGUGCCAGGAGGGGUACCAGGUGCUGUAUGAUGACCGGCUGAGCACGGUGUGGAGCGCGCCGAAUUACUGUUAUCGCUGUGGGAAUAUGGCGAGUGUGCUGGAGGUUAGCGAUACGGGGGAGAGGUACUUCAAUGUCUUUGCGGCGGCGCCGGAGAACGAUUUGCAGCAGAAUACGGAGACGAAGGCGAUUGAUCCGGGGGCACUGCCGGAAUACUUUUUAUAGGGGGAUAUAUGGGCUAGAUGGUUGAAAGGAGAACAGUGGGAGUGGUGGGGGAGCGUUGAUAUACGCUCGAUUAAGAAUCAGAGGAAAGCCAGGUGGAAGAGAAGGAUACCCCAGCUUGGAACAUAUUGGAGGUGAUAGGAAGCAACACGCAGAUGGUAGUCGUGGGGCACAAUUACAAGUACAUGCACAUAAAUCAUAUGAAAGCCA